AAUUAAACAUCGUUAAUAAAAUCUAAAAUCAAUGUGGGACGUGCGUCUAAUUUAAUGAGAUUUAAUCAUAAAGAAGAUUAAUAAGAAUAAAAAAAGUGUUGUAUAUGAAAAUAAGAAAAUGAGGUGUCAAAAAGUAUUAUUGUUUUCCCUAAUAUUAGCUCUUUUCACACAUAUAAACGAUGCGUAUAGAAUUUUGUGCCUCUUCCCGUACAACGGAAAAAGUCAUUUUAUAAUGUUCGAGGCCCUGUGCAAGGGACUAGCGAAUAAAGGACAUCAAAUCGACAUGAUCAGUCAUUUUCCAUUGAAGAAACCGAUUCCUAAUUACACGGACAUUAUUGAUUUAAAUGGAACGAGGAAAGCUAUAGUGAGCAGUUUCACCAUUGAUUUUGCCAAACUAUUGGACCGAUCACUCGUGUAUUAUCUGGCUACAGAUUUUGGCACUUCUUUGUGCCACUUAAUGGGAAACGAAAAGAUGCAAAAAUUCAUUAAAAACCCGCCCAACGAUCCACCUUACGAUCUCAUAAUUACAGAGUAUUUUGGUUCACCGUGUUAUUUGGGAUUUGGUUAUCUGUUGAACGUGCCAGUGGCUAUCGCAGUAUCGUUUCUGGAAAUGCCCUAUGUCGACAGCUUUAUGGGAAGCCCAUUGAAUUAUGGCUUCUUUUCGGGGCACUACAACGAUAAUCCUGUAGUGGACACGUUUCUCGAUCGUCUGUGGAAUUUCAUCGUUAAUUACAAGGAAGAGCAAAAAUUUUACUAUUACACGAGCGAUCAAACCGAUAUGAUGAGAAAAUACCUAGGUUUGCCGAAUAUACCUGACAUCAGAGAAUUGGAAAGAAACGUGAGCCUUGCUAUAGUGAACUCACAUCACAGUUAUCACGGGAUCAGAGCGGUCACGCCAGCUAUCGUCGAAGUUGGUGGAAUACAUAUCGUUGAAUCCGAUCAGAAAGUAAAUCCGGAAUUGAAGGAAUGGUUGGAUUCAGCAAAUCACGGAUUAGUGUAUUUCUCAAUGGGCUCCAUAUUGGCCAUCGAAGAGAUGUCAAAAGAGAUGGUGUCAAUCUUUUACCACUCGUUCGCGAAAAUAUCACCAAUGAAAGUGUUGAUAAGAUGCGCCAAUUCAACCAAGUUACCUCCUGGCCUGCCCAGUAACGCGAUAACGUUCCCUUGGAUCCCUCAGAUUGCUGUUUUAAGACAUAAAAAUACACGAGUAUUCAUAACGCAUGGAGGCUUCGGAGGAACUCAGGAAGCCAUUUAUUACGGGGUCCCUAUGAUAGGAAUACCUGUAUUCUCUGACCAAAGAAAGAACAUCUGGGCUUUGGCCCAGAAAAAUAUGGCUGUUGCGAUAGAUAUCGAGAACAUCAACGAGGAUGUCUUAAAUGCUGCUUUAGAUGCUGUUUUGCAUGACCCUAAAUACAGAGAAUCUGCAAAAAAAGUAUCAAAAAUGUUCAAAGACCGGCCAAUAAGCGCGAUGGACACCGCCAUUUAUUGGAUCGAGUAUGUGAUAAGAAAUGGCCGGAAAGUUUGAGAUCGCACGCGGUGGAUCUACCCUGGUGGAAAUUGUAUCUGAUCGAUGUUUUCACCUUCUUAAUCGCGUGUUUCAUUCUAAUGAUUUAUUUUCUCGUGACACUUUUGAAAAUUUUAUUUGCACAUUUCCUUAAGAUCGGAAAUCAAACGAAAAGGAAAAUGAACUGAGAGGAAUUAUGAAAAAUAUAAAAUUAACAACUAUAGGUUGACAAAUAAAGAGGAGGUUAUAAGUUGUUUCCUUCGAAAAUUGUAAAAUAAAAUAAAAUCAUAAUGAAUGAAAUGGUGCAAAAAUUAGGAAGAAUUUUUGAAAAUUUCGAUAAUCUUAUUAAUAACAAGAUAACGAGCUGUAAUGAUAAGAAUUUAUAUUUUCAAAAUUUAUAUUAUUCAAUAAAUGAAUAGGAAAUAGAUCGUAAUGUAAUUAUAUAGUGACAUAUAAUUGUACAAUAAUAGUUACAAGGUUAUAAUAGUUAAAAUGUUACAAGGGAAUAUCGUUAUGUUAAUAACUAUAAUAAUUUGUUAAUUAUUAGUUUUCUCUCUUUUUUUUUUUACAAUAUUUACUUCGUAUACAUUCGCACAUAUACACAAAUAAUUAUAAUGAAACAUAUAUGAAAAUAUAUUUUUUAAACUUUAAAUUAUAUAGUCUUUGAUGGUAUUAAAUUUUUAUUAAAAAUUAAAUUACUUCCUAUUAUUAUUUUCAUUUCCAAUUGAUCGACCUUUCAAUCACUUCGUUUCUUAAAUUCAAGUAAUUCGCUUCUUUUCUUUCUAAACUCUUUUAACUUUAAAAUUCUACCAUAUACAUUAUAGAAGUAAUAUAUACUUGUAUAAAAUUAUAUUUCGUAUACCCAUUAAUUUUACUGAAAAAUGCAAUAAAUGCAUGACAAUGAAAAAUAAUUUGCCACUAAGUAACCUGACAUUGAUAAAAUUGCAAUAUUUCAUAGUUCCCCACAAGCAUUCAAAUAGAUUAUUCGACGAUAUUGGUUCGUAUAUAACGUUCGUAUAAAAAAAUAUUCAUAACAUUUUCAAGUUUUUCUGUUUAAUACCUUCACGAGUGCUUCAGUUCUGUUUAAAAACCUAGAUUGGAUAUCAAGUGGGAAGAAGAUAUAUAAGUACAUACAUUCGUGACAAUAAAUGGAAAUUUUUGUUCUUCUUUAAAGGAAACUCGUGUGAAUUUCUGUGAAAAAAAA